CUCAAGUAUGUAUCAAUCCUGAUACAACUCUUUGUAUUCUCAAGCAUGUAUCAAUCCAGAUACAACUCUCUGUAUUCUCAAGCAUAUAUUAAUUCAGAUAAAAAUCUCUCAAACCCUAUGAACUCUAACAAGAGCUAAUACGUCCGAACUUAAUAAAACAGUAUUUAUAUUCAACUGACUUUAUUUUGGUAUAAUGUACAGAUCAAGAUUAAACUGACCAAUAAUACAGUCAGAUUUUAAAUGACGAGACUUCAAGAUAUAUUUCUAGAAAGCUGUCUUGAAGGUGAUUUCAACACUGUCGCAAGGAUAAUUCGACGGAAUAGGAGAAGUUGGGUUGGGAGGUCGUCUUUUGAUAUAAAUGUUCUAGAUAAAAAUAGACGAACUGGAUUAAUAUUAAGUUGUAUAAGUGGAUCAGCCGAUGUGGUUAACUUACUCACGUCCAGAUCGGAGGUGUCUUUGAACUCUGCUGAUGUUUUCGGAGGAACUGCUCUCAUGUAUGCAUCUAAACUUGAAAACCCAGAAUGCUUGGAAAUAUUAUUGGCACAUCGUGAUGUUGAUCCUGAUGCUGAAGAUCUAGAUGGGAAAACUGCCGAGGACUAUGCUAGGGAAUGUGACAGAGGAGACAAUAUUGUGGUUCUUCGGGAGGCCCGAGCAGAGCGUAUCCGAGGAUCCUGGUUGGUGGAUCCAGUAGAAGCUGCAGACUCAGAUACUGAUCAAGGAACAGAGGUUGAGACAUAUGAUGAGAGUGUGCAGAACGGGAUUAGUCUUGUGUCUAGGAGUCUAUGUUAUUCUAAUUCAGAACCUGCCGAUCCAAUAACAACACAAUUAGAAUCCCGCUGUAUUGAAAACUUUAAUCAUGAAAAAGAAAAGUUGGAAGAAAAUCUAAAAGAUCUAAGGCUCAAAUUUGAAUCAGAUUUGCAAACUAUUGAUUCGGAGUUGUCUGAAGAGAAAAGAAGUUUAGAGGAAAAGUAUUUAGCCGAAGUUGUCCAAGCUGAAGAGAAAGCCAAGAAGCAAAAAGAAGAUUUACAAGCAAAAUUUAGUGCUACAAAGAAAUCAUUAGAGUUGAAUAUAUGCCUUGAUAAAUUUGACUGGAACAAGUUUUUGAGGAUUUCUAAUUCAGUUUCUGAGUUUGAAUGUCCUGUUUGCAUGGAAGAAAUGAAACCUCCUGUUAAGAUUUGGCAAUGUGUUGAUGGACAUCCUAUCUGUGAUAUAUGCAGAAGAAUGCCACAAGUUACCCAAUGUCCCGUAUGCAGACAGGAUAUUAUCGGCAGAAACAUCUUGGCAGAAAAAAUUGCACUCAGCAUUUUCUCAUAAUUUGCACAAAUUCAACAAAAUAUGUAAUUUCCACAUUAUACCGUGUAACAUUGUCAUGAAUAUAUCUGUUUAUUUUCUCAUAAUUUGCACAAAUUCAACAAAAUAUGUAAUUUCCGCAUUAUACCGUGUAACAUUGUCAUGAAUAUAUCUGUUUAUUGAUCACGAUAGUCCUCAUGUAUUAUUUGUAUUAUUUUAAUAAAAGUUGAUUAAU